ACACACCGCAAUUCCCCACCCCACGAUGAGCGCGGCGGACAAGGUGAAGCCGGCGGCCAGCCCGGCGGCGCAGGAGCCCUCCGCCAUCGCCGGCAACAUCUCCUAUCAUGCACAGUACAGCCCCCACUUUUCGCCGCUCGCCUUCGGCCCCGAGCAGGCCUUCUACGCCACCGCCGAGAGCGUCCGCGACCACCUCCUCCAGAGAUGGAACGACACGUACCUGCAUUUCCACAAGACGGAUCCCAAGCAGACCUACUACCUGUCCAUGGAGUACCUGCAGGGCCGCGCGCUCACCAACGCCGUCGGAAACCUCGGCAUCACCGGCGCCUACGCUGACGCCCUGAAGAAGUUCGGCUACGAGCUCGAGGCCAUCGCCGGACAGGAGAGAGAUGCGGCUCUGGGAAAUGGUGGCCUUGGCAGGCUUGCAUCUUGCUUUUUGGAUUCAAUGGCUACACUGAACUUGCCUUCUUGGGGCUAUGGCCUUCGUUACCGAUAUGGCCUGUUCAAGCAGCGCAUUGCCCAGGAGGGCCAAGAAGAAAUCGCUGAAGAUUGGCUUGAUAAGUUUAGCCCAUGGGAGAUUGUCAGGCAUGACGUUGUAUACCCAAUCAGAUUUUUCGGCCAUGUCGAGAUUUCGCCAGAUGGAAAGCGGAAAUGGGCCGGAGGAGAAGUUCUGAGUGCUUUAGCCUAUGAUGUGCCAAUUCCUGGGUACAAGACAAAAAAUGCAAUCAGUCUUCGCCUUUGGGAUGCAAAAGCAACUGCUGAGGAUUUCAACUUAUUUCAGUUCAAUGAUGGCCAGUAUGAGUCAGCUGCUCAACUUCACUCGAGGGCACAACAGAUAUGUGCUGUUCUCUAUCCUGGUGAUGCUACAGAAGAAGGAAAGCUUCUGAGAUUAAAGCAGCAGUAUUUCCUUUGCAGCGCAUCACUUCAGGAUAUUAUUUUCAGAUUCAAGGAAAGAAAAUCUGACAGAGUUUCAGGGAAGUGGAGUGAGUUCCCCUCCAAAGUUGCUGUUCAAAUGAAUGACACUCACCCCACUCUUGCCAUCCCUGAGCUAAUGAGGUUGCUUAUGGACAUGGAGGGACUUGGUUGGGAUGAAGCGUGGGAUGUCACAAAUAAGACGGUUGCUUACACCAAUCAUACAGUUCUUCCUGAAGCUCUUGAGAAAUGGUCACAGGCUGUAAUGAGGAAAUUGCUUCCACGUCACAUGGAAAUUAUUGAGGAAAUUGACAAGCGGUUUAGAGAAAUGGUAAUCUCCACCCGCAAGGAUAUGGAGGGAAAGAUCGAAUCGAUGAGGGUUUUAGAUAACAAUCCCGAGAAGCCAGUAGUGCGGAUGGCGAAUUUGUGUGUUGUGGCUGGGCAUACGGUGAAUGGAGUGGCCGAGUUGCACAGCAACAUCUUGAAAGAAGAGCUGUUUGCAGAUUAUCUCUCUAUUUGGCCUAAGAAAUUCCAGAACAAAACUAAUGGAAUUACACCCCGCAGAUGGCUCCGUUUUUGCAACCCUGAGUUGAGUGAAAUAGUCACUAAAUGGCUAAAAACAGAUCAGUGGACAAGCAACCUUGAUCUUCUCACCGGGCUUCGGAAAUUCGCAGAUGAUGAAAAACUACAUGCUGAGUGGGCAGCAGCCAAGCUGGCCAGCAAAAAGCGCCUAGCCAAGCAUGUAUUGGAUGUGACUGGUGUUACAAUUGACCCAAAUAGCCUUUUCGAUAUACAAAUUAAACGCAUCCACGAAUACAAGAGACAGCUGAUGAACAUUUUGGGAGCUGUGUACAGAUACAAGAAGUUAAAGGAAAUGAGCGCAGCAGACAGGCAGAAGGUUACACCGCGCACUGUCAUGGUAGGAGGGAAAGCAUUUGCAACAUACACCAACGCCAAAAGAAUAGUGAAAUUGGUAAAUGAUGUUGGUGCUGUGGUGAACAACGAUGCUGACGUCAACAAAUAUCUGAAGGUGGUGUUCAUUCCAAACUACAAUGUAUCAGUCGCUGAAGUGCUCAUUCCUGGCAGUGAACUGUCACAGCACAUCAGUACUGCAGGCAUGGAAGCAAGUGGAACAAGUAACAUGAAGUUCUCUCUGAAUGGCUGUGUUAUCAUUGGAACUCUCGACGGAGCCAAUGUUGAAAUUAGAGAAGAAGUGGGGCAAGACAACUUCUUCCUUUUCGGUGCCAAAGCGGAUCAGGUUGCUGGUCUGAGGAAGGAUAGAGAAAAUGGCUUGUUCAAACCAGACCCACGCUUUGAAGAAGCCAAGCAGUUUAUCAGGAGUGGUGCCUUCGGCACUUACGACUACACUCCUCUCCUUGAUUCCCUUGAAGGGAACACUGGAUUUGGGCGUGGCGAUUACUUCCUUGUUGGCUAUGACUUCCCAAGCUACAUUGAUGCACAGGCCCGGGUUGAUGAAGCCUACAAGGACAAGAAGAAAUGGAUCAAGAUGUCUAUCUUGAACACGGCUGGAAGCGGCAAAUUCAGCAGUGACCGCACCAUCGACCAGUACGCAAAGGAGAUCUGGGGCAUUUCGGCUUGCCCUGUUCCAUGAAGAGGAGACCCAACCAGGCAGUGUUGAAUGCUGGUGCUUGUCAGUAAUAAGGAUUUAUAACGAUCCACGGUGAAUAACCCCUGCUUCCGUUGUAGCUGAGAAGAAUGAAGCAACGUACGAAGCCUGCUGUGUUGCGUAUUCCGCUGCAGUUUUGAGAAGAACAAGCGCCAAAAAGCAUGACGCCACGCCGCGCCCAUAGGAGAGCCCGUUUUGUUUUUGGUGUUCAUUUGGUUAAAGAAAUUAAAUAUGGAGUGAGGUGAAGAGUUGAUUGAGUGACAAUUUUUGUUUGGUGAAAUAGUUUCAUGUAGGUCUUUGCAUAGUUUGCAAGUCCUUGAAUACAAAUAAAUGUCCACUGUUGGAACAUUUCCUUGCCAAAA